UUAGCGCGUUCCUUCCUUUGCCAUUCACCCGUCGGACUCGGCGACAGUCGUCCGUCCAUCUUCUCAGGGCAGUUGGUUCUCAGGUCACCGGCCGCGAUCCCUCGUCUCCCAACUCCCGGAGCUGCCAGGCCGAGCCGGUUUAAGUCCAGCAACCAUGUCCAUGGGCCUGGAGAUCACCGGCACGUCGCUGGCCGGGCUGGGCUGCCUGUGCACUAUCGUGUGCUGCGCCCUUCCCAUGUGGCGCGUUUCUGCAUUCAUCGGCAGCAGCAUCAUCACAGCGCAGAUCACCUGGGAGGGCCUGUGGAUGAACUGUGUGGUGCAGAGCACCGGCCAGAUGCAAUGCAAGGUGUACGACUCGCUGCUGGCCCUGCCGCAGGACCUGCAGGCCGCCCGAGCCCUCCUCGUGGUGUCCAUCCUGCUGGCCGUCUUCGGGCUCCUCGUGGCGCUCGUGGGCGCCCAGUGUACCAACUGCGUACAAGACGAGACGGCCAAGGCCAAGAUCACUAUCGUGGCGGGAGUGCUUUUCUUGUUGGCGGCUCUGCUCACCUUAGUGCCGGUGUCCUGGUCGGCUAACACCAUCAUCAGGGAUUUCUAUAACCCGCUGGUCCCCGAAGCCCAGAAGCGGGAGAUGGGAGCUGGGCUGUACGUGGGCUGGGCUGCCUCCGCGCUGCAGCUACUAGGGGGCGCCUUGCUGUGCUGCUCCUGCCCACCGCGCGAGAAGUACGCUGCCACCAAGAUCCUCUAUUCUGCGCCCCGAUCCACCGGGCCUGGCACCGCUACCGGCACCGCCUAUGACCGCAAGGACUACGUCUGAGGGGCCGGUUGCAUUCAGACAGCACCAUCACCACUACCAGCAAUCGAAGCACCCCACAAGUCCAGCGUGCUGCCUCGCGUCGGAGACCACCCCACCUUCCAGAUGGUUACAGACGCCCCGCAGUCGGCUUGCUAGACUGGAAGAGGACAGACAGCCUG